AUUACGUAAAUAAAUAACAAAAUAUAAAGCAUACGCCUAAUAUUUUAGUGUUGUCGCCAUUUACGGGAAAACCACUAACGGAACACUAUAUAUUAUAAUAUACACAUAAUGUACGUAGUUUCUAACAGGAAACCAGAAUAAUGCAGUUCAUCGUCCAUACAAGUUGACAGUGUUUCCACCGACUCGUAACUUAUCAGUUCUUAUAACAGUAAUGUAAGUUAAAAUGCUUUUACUCAAAAUCCUGCCUUUUUUAUCAGUGUUGUGUAUAUCAAAGUGUGCGGAUGACUUGAAAGAACAAUGCAAAGACGACUACAGGGAUAUAAACAACAUUGCAAUCGAUGUAAAAAAAUAUUGUUCUGACGAAUGGUGUAUACAAAAAUGUUGUCCUCUUGAUUCCUGCUUUAAUGCCGCCGGUGUUUGUGUAAAGAUUCAAGAUCUCCGUAAGAGAAUCAAACCAAAAUUUGGAGACAUUUUCACAUCAAUCCAGUAUGACAACAUCACCUUCUAUUCAAAUACGGAGCCUAGACAUGAAAUUAAAACACAUUUUAAACACAUUCUAAACCAUAAAAAUAUGACCAAGUGCGGAGAUUUUAAACCAUUCGACAACGAUUAUUAUUUUAUACAAAACGCAUCGGUUAAGAUAUAUGAACCAAAAUAUUCCAAACAAUGGUUUAAACUCACUUAUUUAGAAUAUUGUGUAGACAACAAACUCAUAUUGCUAAAUGCAAAACCCACAUUUACAUUAGUAAUCAAAGAAUAUUUUCAAUUCUCGGAAGAUAAUGGACUAAAUGAUACCCUACUUUUUAUAGGCCUGGUGAUUUCAUCGGUAUUUUUACUGCUGGUAUUUAUAGUUCAUUGUAUGUUAAAAACGCUGCAUUCAACUUUCACGGGACUAUUAAUGAUGGCGUACACAAUAACAAUUCUACUAGGCUUCAUAGUCAAAGUCAUCAUGCAAGCAACAAUUGGAUAUAUGACUACUAAAAGCUGUAAAAUAAUAACUCCUUUCCUAUAUUUUCUAUUGAUGUCCAGUUUCUUCUGGUUAAAUGCUUUCUCAUUUUGUAUUUGGCGGGGAUUAAGAAAGUUUGAAGUAUUUAGAGCAUCACGGCGGGAGAAGCUGCUAAGUUUCAUGCGAUACAGUUUGUAUGGAUGGGGUGCACCGUUGGUAAUCACUGGUAUCGCCACCUACUUGAACAACAUCGACGUAAAAAAACUGAAAUAUAUCAUCAAACCACCAUUCGACGACUGUUUCGUAAAUGAAUAUGGAAUUAAAAUGUACUAUUUCAUACCGCUCGGUAUAAUAAUGUUUAAUAACAUAGUCCUGUUCAUAAUGACGAUUUACCAUAUAAUGACAACCACAAAUACUACAAAAAGAAAUGCAGAAUUUAGACGAAGUGGCAGGGGAAACAGCUACAAGACUUACUUAAAACUGUCACUUACUAUGGGCAUCAGUUGGGUCCUCGAGUUGAUUCCAAACUCUGAUAACACAUUCCUCUUCAUCCUGAGCACCACAUACAACAGUUUAAUCGGAGUCAUCAUAUUUUUCGUCUACAUUUGCGACAAGAAUGUUUUGAAUGAACUGUGCAAAAAGUUCAAUAUACAAAACGAGUUUGUGAAUAAGCUAGCACACCGUAAAUCCUUGUUCAGAUUCAGACUAGCGAGGUCAAUGAAGGCAAACCGUGAAGAAUUGACUAGUAUGCAAACUACUACCACAGGACUAAGUUCCGAAGUCGAAAAUAAAAUAUCUUUAAUUUAACUUUUAGUACCUACACAUUUUUCAGAAAAAUAUUUUUCCUAGGUAUUUUUUAUUUGUAGGUACAUAAUGGGAUGGCGUUUCACCACCAACUCGUAUCGUGCUAGCUAUUCUAAACUCAUAACUUAAACUUAACUGUUGUCAAAAAUAAAAUAAGAGAACAAACAAAUCUAGAGCUAGAUUUAUUUAGUUCAUAUGGCGAGUGCUAAUGCCUUGUUCCGACUACGCCAGUAUUUUAGUCGAGUAGCGAAUAUUCAGUAGUCCUCUCUCGCUUCUAUCCCAAAAUGGAAGGGAGAGAGAACUAUUAAUUGUUCGCAUUGCGAAUAUUUCGCAACUCGACUAAAUUACUAGCGUCGUGCGAAUAAGGCAUAAGCGCGCGUUUCGUGUUUCAAGUAUAAGUACUUACAUUAUUGCAUGGGUGCACUUGGCCCUUACCAUCUGAACUUCCGUACUUAAGCUUAUAAGUAUUAGAUAUAGCGUAGGAAUAUGAAAAUUCAACAUAGAUAUAAGCUUUUAAUUAUUAUUAUUUAUU